AUGCUUUCGAUAUUGCGAAAGGCUCGUCUAAAGGACAAGGAAAUGCGCAUCCUGAUGCUGGGCCUGGACAAUGCGGGAAAGACGACCAUUGUGAAGAAGAUCAUGGACGAGGACGUCAACAGCGUCAGCCCGACGCUCGGCUUCAUCAUCAAGACGAUCGACUACGACGGCUACAAACUAAACAUAUGGGACGUCGGGGGGCAAAAGACGCUGCGGACGUACUGGAAGAACUACUUUGAGAAGACGGAUACGCUCAUCUGGGUCGUGGACGCGACUGACCGGGAGCGCAUCGACGACUGCAGACAGGAGCUGGCCGGGCUGCUGCUGGAAGAGCGCCUAUCAGGCGCCAGCCUGCUGGUGUUCAAGAACAAGAGCGAUGUCCCCGGCUCCAUGACGGAGAACGAGAUGCGCGCGGGCUUGCAGCUCGACGCCAUCAAGACACACAAGUGGCACAUCGUGGCGUGCAGUGCCAUGACGGGGUUGAAUCUGCAGCAGGGGCUGCAAUGGGUUGUCGACGAUGCAAAGGCGCGCCUGUUCCUGUACUGA